AUGGCGGUUGCGAUCUCAUACUUAUUCCUAUUCGGCCUAAUUUCUUGCACCAUCGGGAAGCCGGUUGACAACAGCUUAUAUGGAAUCGAGGGUUUGCUGAAAGCAUUGACCCAACAGAGUGGUAAAUUCGACAUCGCAAUCAGUCACCACGAAGACAGCCCUAAAAGUCAUCAUGAGGAUAAGGCUCGCAUCUCACCGCACGAUGCCUCAGCAUUAGAUGAAAGUGAAGAGACCCAACUUACCCCUAGUGACGUGCAGAGUAUUUACAAUUUACACACAAAGGCAGAUAAGGUGCCACAAGCACAAGAGGGCGACAUAUUGAUUGAAAAACUACCAGGAUGCACUGAUGUAACAAAGUGUAAAAAUCUACCACUACUGCAACUCCAAAGCCGUGUUUUAGGAUACUUAAAUAAUGAUAAUGCUGAAAACGAUGAAGAUAAAACCGAAUUGCGGUGUGCAGGCAACAGGUGUGGCCAAGACGGAGAUAGCGAUGACUCCUACAUAAUGGUAAGAUGUGCCGGAAACAGAUGCAGUACUGACAGCGACGAGGGAGACAGUCUGCGGUGCGCUGCAUGCGGCACCUCGAGGGACGAUGCACCUUGUAACCAAUGUAAUAGAAAUGGUGACGAAUUGCUUCGCUGCAACGGAAAUAGAUGCAGUUUAGGGGGUGAUAACGACCAAGAUGCCCGGGACAACCUGCGGUGUGCCGGAAAUCGAUGUGGUAGAAACAGAGAUGACACCAAUGUCAUGAGGUGUCGUGGAAAACCUUGUUCUGUUGCCAGACACAACGAGAACAAUGAUGAAACGCAAUGGCAGCCCAAACGUGUAAAAUUAAGUGAUAAUGUCGAUGCUGUUAUUCUUGACGCGGAUGAUUUACAACGUUUGUUAUAUAGCGACAGCACCCGUACUAAUAAUUUGAGUCCAGGUAAAUCCCUUAAAACUAUGGUCUUAGAGAAUCAACUGAAUAACAAGAAAAACAACAUUGAUUUUAUACUGAACGAUAUAGAAAAACGUAACGAUAAAUAUGAUUUGGUGAAAGAAAUAAAACGAUUGCUGUCACAAGGCAACUACAAUGUGAAGAUCAGUCACCAUGAAGAUCGGCCAGGAAACCACCACGAAGAUGUCGCACAAAUAUCUUAUUCCGGUCAAACAAAAGGAAAACAUGAUAAUUACGAUGGAAAAAAUCGGUACGCAAAUACGAAUCAGGGUUAUAAUGAGAGGCAACCAAAUAACAAUAAGCCAGCUCUUGAAAAGACAAGUCUCUACGAUUUUCUCUACCACUUAGGCAAAUCACUGGGUAUGAGAACCGAGGAAAAGAACGAUGGUAAUGGUUCAAAGAAAAACUGUAUGAAGAAACUUGGAACAUGCACAGAAUUAAUAUGGGCCCCCAGCAAUGAAACAAGUAUUAGAACAUUCAAUGAUAACUCUGACGAAGUUGUGAAAUUUCUAAACAAACUGGAUAAGGAACUGGGCUUAACUAACGAUAAUGACUAUGACAAUAAACUUGAACACAAUAAUAAUGACAACAACAGAGAUAAUAUGGAUACUUCUAAUGACAACGAUGAACGGAACAACGCCAAUUAUAACCAACAUCUUCGGUGUAUAGGAGAUAGAUGUAGUAGAGCAAAUGACGUAUAUUAUAAUGACGAUGAUGAAUACAAUAGAUAUGACGGUGACGAUGGAAAUAAAAAUAUAUUGCGUUGUAGUGGAGCAAGCUGCGGUAGGAGUAGAUUACCCCGCGUCAAUAAUAAUGCAUAUGAAACAAAUAUACUACGUUGCAUCGGAAAUAGAUGUAGCAAAUUUGACCACAAUGAUAGAGACAGCAUUGAUAGCUUACGUUGUAUUAGAGAUAGAUGCAUGACAGAUGAUUUCUCUGAAUCAUUACGUUGUGUUGGAAAUAAAUGUAAUCGCAAUAUGGAUUCUGAUACUGAUUCCGAUUCUGAUUCUGGUUCGGAUUCUGAUUCUGAUUCUGAUACUGAUUCUGAUUCUGAUACUGAUUCUAAUACUGAUUCUGAUACUGAUACUGAUACUGAUUCUGAUAGUGAUAGUGAUAGUAGUAGUGACGACUAUGAUGAUGACGCUCGUAUGGAUCCGAAGGUUGCUCUUACAAUAUCGGAACUAGGAUUAAAUAAUUUACGUUGCAGAGGAAAUUUGUGUACUUACACUGAUGAUAGCAACGGCUUGCGCUGUAUUGGUAACAGAUGCGCGCGAGAUAGAGAUGAUGAUGACAGCGAUAAUGAUAAUAGAAUAAAAUUGGAAGGUUUACGAUGCAAUGGCAACAGAUGCAAUAGGGACACAGAUGAUGUAAAUUACGACAUUGAAGCUGUUCGUUGUUCUGAAAACAGAUGCAGCCGUGACAGAAACGAUAACGAAGGUGACUCCAAUCACUUAAACGCUAUUGUAAAAGACGACGAAUUACUUAGUGACGUGGAUACGCUUCUAACAAAUGUACUUGCUAAAAAUUUGAGAGCAAAUACUAUAUUAGAAGAUGAAGAAGUGCAAAUGCUAUUGAAGGAAAGAAAGAAGAUUAUGAAAGAAGUUAAAAAAAUAAUGAGUCACUUAAAGCCCGAGUAA